UUUCCAUAAUUGUUUCACCAUAAUUUUUCAUCACACUAAAUUCGCCGUCUUCUUCUUCUCAAAAAAUCGAAACCCUAGCAUUCAACAUCAGCUUCAUCAUCUUCUAUUCGAUUUCACAAACAUAAACAGGAAAAUUCCUGAAGUUGCAGUUGACGAUACCAAAUAGUUGAAAAUGGCAGCUAAAAUACUGACAACUGAGACUAUUGCACUUACUGAGAAGAAAAUGGAAAUGACAUUAGACGAUAUCAUCAAGAUGUCCAAGACAAACACAACCAAAACUAAGAAGCAAAGAGUUUCGAAUAGAAGCCAAAAGUUUUCUAAUAACCUGGCUCAGGAUAAAUCUGCUAAGAUACAAAGGUUUAUGGACACAAGAUCAUCUAUGAGACAGGGGGCUUUUGCUCAAAGAAGAUCUAAUUUUCAGGGAGACCAGUUUCCUUUGGCAACUGAGGCUGCCAGAAGGGCAGCAGUUGCUCCUAUUCGCAAUAGGGCUUUCAAUCGAAGCCAGGCAGUGAAUGUAAAUAAACAGAGGUUUGGGGCUCCUCCAGUUCAGAAGAGUGCUGCAAAUGGUGGCAGGUUUAUUGCUAAGCAACAAAAGCAGGAAGUCAAGCCAGUGUCAAAGCAGAGGCCUCAGACAUUAGAUUCUCUAUUUGCAAAUAUGAAGGAACAAAGGAUGAAAAUGCAAUCUCAGCAGAACAACAUGCCAAGGAGAAAUGGAGGUGGUCAGCAUGUAGCGCCAUGGGCUAGGGGUCGUUUUGGCAAGUGAGGAGGAGACCGGUGCUUAAGCUGUGGAUCCAUAUGUCGUUGCAACAUAAUAUUUUAGGUUACUUUGUGAAGAAGUGAUAGCAUGUUACCUUUUCUGGAAGAAUGAUGAGAACUGUUUGGGACAUGCGAUUCCAUUUCGCUUUGUUCUUUCCAUAUUAGAAACUUGUACAGCAUUUCUAGUUUUGGAGUCUGUUUGGAUGGACUAAUUUUCGGUUCUUUUAAGCAUGAUAGUUUUACAGUUGGUCAAAUAAGAAAAUGUUGAUAAAAACUUGUAUUCCUUCUUGAUUUCUUCCCACAUUAUUUGAUGGCACGUCGGAGGUUGUAGCUGAAAGAAGGUGAAACUAUUUUUGAGUCGCAGCAAGUCAUGUUACUUGAAAUUUUGAUAUGAUGGAGCCCUCGCGAUUCUCUGCACCUUCAUUCGAGUCAUUUUAGUCAGUUUUUGGAAUUUCCAUCGGAUGUUCAAUAUCCUAUUGUACGAGGCCUAAUUAAUUUAACAUUCCUAUUGUAUGAGGCCUAAUAAUUUGAUAAGUAUUGCUAUGUUACCACUUUUAUAACUCAGAAAUCCUUGUAAACCUCAUCA